UGGCCAGGCGGCUCGGACGGAGCAGGGUUUUCCUUGCCAGUGAAUCGUGUAGAGUACACUGCCAGUCUCUUGUCUUCUCUUCACCAUGGCUUCUUCUGAUAUCCAGGUGAAGGAACUGGAGAAGCGUGCCUCAGGCCAGGCUUUUGAGCUGAUUCUCAGCCCUCGAUCAAAAGAAUCUGUCCCAGAAUUUCCCCUUUCCCCUCCUAAGAAGAAGGAUCUUUCCCUGGAGGAAAUUCAGAAGAAAUUAGAAGCUGCAGAAGAAAGACGCAAGUCCCAUGAAGCUGAGGUCUUGAAGCAGCUUGCUGAGAAACGGGAGCACGAGAAAGAAGUGCUUCAGAAGGCGAUAGAGGAGAACAACAACUUCAGUAAGAUGGCGGAAGAGAAGCUGACCCACAAGAUGGAGGCCAAAAAAGAGAACCGAGAGGCGCAGAUGGCCGCCAAGCUGGAGCACUUGCGGGAGAAGGACAAGCACAUUGAAGAAGUGCGGAAGAACAAAGAAUCCAAAGAUCCUGCUGAUGAGACUGAAGCCGACUAAUCUGCUCUGAGAACUGACUUUCUCCCCCUCCCCUUCCUAAAUAUCCAAAGACUGUACUGGCCAGUGUCAUUUUACUUUUGCCCUCCUGACAAAUAUUCUAGAAGCUGAUGUAGGACUGUAUAGGUAGAUCCAGACGGUAUGAUGUUGUUUUAGGGGCUGAAGGGGAGAAACAAAAAGUGUUUUACU